CGCCAGACCGUCCUUUCUUCGCUAUGUCCCAGAGCAGGCAUCGCGCUGCGGCCCCGCCGCUGGAGCGGGAGGACAGCGGGACCUUCAGGUGAAGGUACAAGUAAGAAGCUGGCGAAACAUAGAGCUGCAGAGGCUGCCAUAAACAUUUUGAAAGCCAAUGCAAGUAUUUGGUGAGCUAAAUUUCUUUGUAUUCUGCAGCUCAAAAAUAUCAUGGCUGAGGUAAGAUUAAAAUUUUGAACAUGGUCACAAAAGCAACAAAGUCAACAGCUGUUAGUAUUUAGCUCUAAAAUUCUAUUUCCUUGUGAAAACCUGUCACCAUUAAAGACGACUUUAUCCUUAAGAAAUUCAGUCCACCAAUUAACUGUUAAAUGAAAGCUCUUGUGAACUAGGCGUUUCCCCCCCUGGGAUGCGACAAUACAAAACCCCAGUUUUUCUGGCAAGUAUCUUACUGUAUUAAGACUUUAAUAACUUCUGUACUACAGAAAACAAGGAAUGAAGUGGAAAAAGAUCAGUGGAAAAUACUCUUAGGAAUUCUAAUUUAGAAGGAGACAAAGAGAUUUCCUUUUAUUAUGGAAUGUAUAACAAAUACAAGAAGAUGUUAAGGGGGAUGUUAAUUCUUGACAUGAUUUUUCCAAAAUGAAUUUGUGUUAUCACUUCAGGUGCUUUUGGAGAGUAUUAGUCCCGGAGCAUCUCAUGUAUCAUUGGAUGAUGUCCUUUGGUUUCUGAUGGACACGUCCUGGGGCAUGCUGAGCCUUCAGAUUCUCUUUACGUGCACUCAGUUAUUCUUGGAGUUCAGUCUGGUUUAUCUGCUCAUAGUUGACAGCAGAGGCCCAUGGGAAUUUAGGAUGAGUUUUUCUCCAGCCUCAAAACUUUUGCUUUAGCACGUACUUAGGUCCUCAUGCAGUGCUCCUCCCGUUUCUAAGCUCUUCCAAACCAUUUGAGUAGUUUAGAAUGAAGCAUUGACAAACUUCAGAUCUCACAAAAUGAUUCUUGAUUCUUUGGGGUCAUAUGUUAUAGUUGAUUUAUGCCGGCUUUCUAGACAUGCCAAAAUGGCAUGGCAGGUAUUGGAUUCUCCCCUUGCUGGUGGUGACCAUGCUAUUUCUGUGCAGUCCAAAGGUCAACCUAAAGUGUUGAGUACAUUUGUAGAAAUGAGUGUACGUAGUGUCCUUUCUGCACAUGGGCACUUCGCUUUGUCAGCAAAAAAGGCUAACAAACUUUACUAUAUAUUUGUGCUUCUUGACAGAUAAGAUGGGAAUUACUAAGCUGUAAUCAGGGCUAAAGUGGCCUGAUUUAAUACAGAGACUUUCUCACUUCUCCAUCACAAUUAUUUGGGUAGCUUCGGCGUGCAGCAUUGUAAGUGAAUAUUCAUAUCUCAUCAGCCUAUAUAAAGCUUGAAGUUCUGGCAGGUGGAAAGGAAACUUGAAGAAGUGCCAAUAACUGAACCUCUUUUGUCACCAAAGAAAUGACUCUUCAGCCUUGUAGGUGAUAGUAACCUUGAAUGCAGCUUUAUUCAGUGUUACACACUCAUCCCCCAACUAACUAGUAAAUUUAAACUAGUUAGAAGAGAUUGUUCUCUUUUUCCCUAAUUACAAUCCCCACAUGCUGGAACCAGAUUCAUGCAGGCCAUCUAUUUUAUGCAGGAUAUAUGUAAGUCUUAGGAGGAUCAUUCUAGCAUAGAGCAGAUGAUAUAUCAAACAGAUCUUUCUUCUUAAAAAACAAAACAAAAAAAACCAAACAAACAGAUCUUUCUUCCAUAAUUAUAUGAGGGGAAAAAACAACUUUAUGACCUGUAUCAUUCACCUUACCAGGCUAAAUUUCCUAAUUGUUAGUCUUCCCUUUUUGUGGCUGUAACAUUAGUAUGCUUUAUUUAAAUACAUUUUUAUUGAACACAUAAUAUACAAAGCACUACAAGGCUUAUGAAGGUAAGUAAUCCAUAGGCCCUACCAUCAAGGAUUUGACAGUCUGAACACAGGAGAGGUGUGGUGAGGGAUGGACAAAUUACAUGUAUUUGUAAGAGUAUAAUUUAUGGUCAUAUAAUUUGCCUAAGAAAGGGUCAACCCAAAUGUCAACAGUUCUAAGGAGGGAGAGAUUAUGUUUCAUUGGAGUAACAGGAUAGGUUUCUUAGUGGAAGUGGCAUUUGAGAUAUAUCUCAGAUAAUGGAUAAAUCAUGUUCUCAUCCAGGUGGGAAAGAAAAGCAUUCCAUGAAGAAGCAAGAGCAAAGGCAUAGAGGAUUAAAUAGGAAAUGCUUGUCAUUUAUUUAACAGUUUGGGGAAAAGUAUUUUGUUUUAUAACACUUUAAAAAAAUGUUUAGCUUUGCAGUUCCUGACCCCUUAAUGCCCGACCCUUCUAAGCAACCAAAGAACCAGCUUAAUCCCAUUGGUUCAUUACAGGAAUUGGCUAUUCAUCAUGGCUGGAGACUUCCUGAAUAUACCCUUUCCCAAGAGGGAGGACCUGCUCACAAGAGAGAAUAUACCACAAUUUGCAGGCUCGAGUCAUUUAUGGAAACUGGAAAGGGGGCAUCAAAAAAACAAGCCAAGAGAAACGCUGCUGAGAAGUUUCUUGCCAAAUUCAGCAAUAUUUCUCCGGAGAACCACAUUUCUUUAACAAAUGUAGUAGGACAUUCUUUAGGAUGUACUUGGCAUUCCUUGAGGAAUUCUCCUGGUGAAAAGAUCAACUUACUGAAAAGAAGCCUCCUCAGUAUUCCAAAUACAGAUUACAUCCAGCUGCUUAGUGAAAUCGCCAAGGAACAAGGGUUUAAUAUAACAUAUUUGGAUAUAGAAGAGCUGAGUGCCAAUGGACAGUAUCAGUGUCUCGCUGAACUAUCCACCAGUCCCAUCACAGUCUGUCAUGGCUCCGGGAUCUCCUGUGGCAAUGCCCAGAGUGACGCAGCUCACAAUGCUUUACAGUAUUUAAAGAUAAUAGCAGAAAGAAAGUAAGCCUGAAGCAACUUAGAAACCCCCUGUAGCACAUAAGAAGUCCCCCUUUCACCCCUUCCCAAGUAAAAUGUUUACUAUGUUUGAGUUUGUGUGUCAUUUCUAAAUCUUUUCAUAGAGUCCAUCAACACCCCAGAUUUAAUUAUCUCCUGGUAGUUAUUAAGCUCUUUUUAAUGGCUUCAACUUUGUAUUGGUAUAUUGUAUUUAUAAACUUUGUACCAUAGGCAGAGUGUAGCGCCCAUUUUACAAUGCCAUGUACAUAGAAGGAAGAAAUUGCAUGUUUGUUGUUGAUGACCAUGAUGAAGAUGAUGAAGACUAAAACUACUGCUAGCAACAGUCUUUCUUACUGGUGCUUAACCUCUUCUUUGCGCAAGGCUUUGUAAAGGGAAUUCGAAGGAAGCCCCUUAGAACUACAAGCGUUGAGGAGCGCACUAUCAGGCCUCUGUUGAAUGUGAGUGUUGAAUUUCAGGGAACAUGAUUGGUCUGCUGUUCAUUUGAAUCCAUGUAAUAAAAAGCUGUUGUUAUAACAGAUUCCGUUCAUCUUAUUAAAGUGUUACCUGACUUUGGCCCCUUCUUUUUAGCCAUUCUUGUGAGUGACAUAAUGUGGAUAUUCUGUUAUUUAAGUAUCUCUAGUGUACUUCUGAAGGUCAAAGUUGAGGAAAAAACCUAUGGCCUGAGCAAAAAUUCACAAAUGUAUACAUGAUGAAUCACUUCCAUAUUUUCUCUAAGCAACUGCAUGUUGGUCUUUUUCUUCAACAUAACUGUUUGUAGAUGAGUUAGCAGUUGAAAAAGCAUUAGUAAGAUUACCAAAAAAACCCAAAAACUUAAAAUUGAAUUAUAACUCAAUUCCAUUGCAAGAAUGUUUCAAACAAAGCAAUGAAUGAUUGAAAGGUUAAGAGAGAAGCUUCAUGAGCAAAUUUUAAUUUUGCCUUUUAUGUUUCCAUAUAUCAUCAUCUAACACCUCAAGCGGUCCAUCUGCCAGCACCAGUGGAUAGUGCUCCUUUUGUAGAUUAGAUGGAAGUCUCAGGCCUGUUUUCAGAGCUCAGGGAAAGCUUCAGAGCAGGAGAGCGCUGAAUGAUAAAGGUAGGUUUUGACAAUCUCAAGGGAUAAUCUAGCAGGAAGUAUGUAACAAGUAUUUUUCUGUCUGGGAAAAAAUCAGACCUAAGUGGAAUCCUUUGAGAAGAACAAAACAAUAAAGGAAAACCAAUGCAUGUAACUUAUUUAAAACUGUAAAGAACACUUUCAUAUUAUAGCUAUACAUAUCAGUUAAACCAUGGAAUUCUAAGGAUCUGUUCUUGAUGAAGUUAAGGAAUACACAGUCUAGAAACAAAUUUAGGCAUAAACAGGAACUUGUGGGUCAUUAAGUUUAGACUACUUUAGGUUUUUAUGAAUGCUCUGGAAUAUAGAAGGGGCACAAUGAACUUUAGAGAUGACAGACUUCUGCACAGCAAAAUGCCGACUUUGAAGAGGGUAAGUUGAGGAAAGAUUUCAUAAGGCAU